AUGGGCGAUAUAAUACCAGAAACGAAAACUGAGUUGGGGAGCUCAUCCACCGUGUAUGUUGAUGAGAUCAAUGGUUCUGACACAACCAACGCCGGAAAAAAGGAUGCCCCUUAUAAAACAGUAGUUUAUGCACUUCAAGUGAAUGAAUCGAAUAUUAAAAUAUUGACCAAAAAAUCGUCAACGGAUGGUUACACCGAUAUUUCUGGCGCAGCUUUGAAAAAAGCGAAAAAACGCGUCGAAGAAUUAUCGAAAAAGGCUAAAAAAGCAGAGCAACAGAAAAAGUCAGAGAAAGAAAAAGAAAUGCAAUUUUUAGAAGAUGAAAAAAAGAAAAUAGAAGAUGCUAAACUUAUAGUACUAGAACAAAAUCCAACCCUCCAACAAGCUACAAAGAUAAAAAUUCGUGAAGCUGUUGCCAAUCGUGGCCGACGCGUUAAAGUUUCGGGUUGGGUGCAUCGUCUUCGAACGCAGGGAAAGGAUAUGAAGUUUGUCAUUUUGAGAGACGGAUCCGGCUAUCUUCAGUAUAAUCAUGAACUUUCCGCAGAUUAUUGGGAAGUAAUUCAUAAAGCUCCCGGUGGUGAUGAUGCUUUUACUAAUAAAUUGAAUGCGGAAGCUGAUCCAUCAGUAUUAUAUGAACAACGUCAUCUUGUUAUUCGUGGUGAAAGCUCUUCUUCUGUGUUGAGAGUUCGUUCUCAAAUAAUGAAGGCGUUUCGCGAAUAUUUUGAUUCGAGGGGAUUCACAGAAGUUAAUCCCCCUUGUAUGGUACAAACUCAAGUUGAAGGAGGAGGUACUUUGUUUGACUUUAAUUAUUACGGCGAAAAGGCGUAUCUUUCCCAAUCUUCACAACUUUAUCUUGAAACAUGCCUUCCAUCUCUUGGAGAUGUGUAUAGUUGUUCAGAAUCGUAUCGUGCCGAAAAAUCUCAUACACGUCGUCAUUUAUCUGAGUAUUCUCAUUUAGAGGCAGAAAUGGCAUUCAUUACAUUUGAUGAAUUGUUAAAUACAAUAGAAGAAUUGGUUUGUGGUACUGUUGAUCGGGUACUCUCCCAUGGACCAACUCGCGAUUUGGUUUAUCAACUUGUUCCUGAUUUCAAACCACCUCAACGUCCUUUUAUGCGUUUAGAUUAUAAAGAUGCGAUAAAAUACUUAAAAGAACAUGACAUCAAAAAAGAGGAUGGCACAUUUUAUGAGUUUGGUGAUGAUAUCCCCGAAGCACCUGAACGUGCGAUGACUGAUAAAAUUGGUUGUCCAAUUCUUUUGUGCCGAUUUCCUGUUGAAAUUAAAAGUUUUUACAUGAAACGUUGUAGUGAUGAUCCCCGGGUAACAGAAAGUGUCGACAUGCUAAUGCCCGGAGUUGGUGAAAUUGUGGGAGGCAGCAUGAGAAUUUCUGAUUUGGAUGAACUCUUGGCAGGUUACAAACGCGAAGGUAUCAAUCCGGAACCAUAUUAUUGGUAUACGGAUCAACGUAAAUAUGGAUCAACGGAACACGGAGGGUUUGGUUUAGGUGUUGAACGUUUCAUAGCUUGGAUGCUUCAUCGUGACACUGUCAAAGAAUGUUGUUUGUAUCCUAGGUUUAUGGGACGAUGCCUGCCGUGA